AUUCAGUGCGAUCUGACAAUAUGUCUGCGCCCAUGGUUUGUUGAUAUUUUGAUAACUUUCUCAAGCCGGUGCCCCAAGUAUACGAUUAUACGUUGCUUUUUGAUGUUCUUUUAAAGAAAAAGGCUUAUAAUGAUUCAAUGGACUUGCUAAAGAAUUACUCUGAUGAAAGUGAAACAGAAGAUGAGGGUCCUAAAGAAGAAAAGGACACUGAAGGAAAUUCUAUUGACAAAAGCAGCUUUAGCAAGAUGAAGUCAGACGCUGGUGAACAGUUCAAUGUUGUUGACUUCUUUGGUUUGAAUGAUUCUGAUGAGGAGUCAGAAGAGCCCCCAGUAAAGAAAACCAGGAAGUUCCAGCUAGAGUCACAAAAGGGCACAGAUAGUUAUGUGGAGGUUCCUGAUAGCAAUUUCUGGAGAAACUUUACUCCUCAAGAAAAUCCAGAGGAUGAUAACAAUUUGCUAGAGAAGACAAAAGUUGAGAAAGGCCCACAUGCAGAAGCAUAUCAAAUCAGGACACAGGGAAGCCAAGUUUAUCAUCAAACAAAGGUACAUCCGAGGUCUUAUCAGGCAAGUGGUCAGGUUUCUGAAUAUGUAACAAAAGGACAUGGUCACUGUAAUACCCCCAAUGAUCUUGCUGGUCAGACUUUCAACAGAACUCCUCAGUCUCAACAGAGAUUCAGUUCUCACACUGAAUCACAAAGACAACUUUUCUAUGUACAUUCAAAGAUAGCACCUCAUUUGAUGAAAAACAAUAUACACAACAGGUAUCCACGUCAAGUGGAGAAAGAGCUAGGUGACCAUACACAGACUGUAAACAGGGUGAUGUGGAAUAAUCCACCUUACUGCCACCUGUUCCUGUCAGCUUCUAUGGAUGGGACUGUCAGGAUCUGGAAUAUCUGGACUCAGCUGUCCCCCUGUGUUAAGGUUCUCAGUUUCCAUAAGAAAGCUGUUAAAGAUGCCGUCUGGAGCCUGGAUGGAAGACAUACUCUCAGCUGUAGUUAUGACAAGACUGCAAAGUGGAUAGAUGUGGAAAAAGGUUCAGUAUUAUCUACAUUUCAAAACACCUCCUUUGUGACAAGUUGUAAAAAUCAUCCCAGUGACCCUAACCUCAGCAUCACUGGAUGUCAGAAUGGAAUUCAUUGCUGGGACUCCAGAAGUAGUGAGUCUCCUUGUAGAACAUACACAUAUAAGGAUUCCUUUGGACAGGUUCAGGACCUUCUUUUCAACAGAGAUGGAAACACAUUUUUCUCAGCAGGAAGUGAAAUUACACAAGACUCAGCAGAUAGAAAUAUCAUGGCCUGGGAUUUCAGAGCAAGCAGUGUCCUAUCCAACCAAAUCUAUCAAGAGAGGUACAGCUGCACUCGUCUGAAGCUUCACCCCACGUCUGGUCAUUUCCUGGCUCAGUCACAUGGAAACUACAUUGCCAUGUUCUCUGUUAAUCGGCCAUAUAAGAUGAACAAAGCAAAACGCUUUGAGGGUCACAAGCUAUCUGGAUACUCAUUAGGAUUUGAUAUUUCUCCAGAUGGAUCUCUGGUUUUAAGUGGAGACAGCAAUGGAAAGCUUUUCUGCUAUAACUAUCAAUCUGGGAAAAUUAUCCAGAAGAUCCCUACAGGUAUGGAUGUAGUCAUGGAUGUCAGCUUUAAUCCAGUUCUGCCCUCCACGGUUGUAAUCUGUGGAUGGAAUGGAAAAAUUCAGGUUCUCAACUAGAAUCCAGAUUAGAAUUGUUUGGAUGGAGUGAUAAUUUAUUUGAAUUCUUUUGAGAUCAAGUGGUAAACGAAUUACCUGAAUUGUUACCCAUUUUGGGGAUAUUUUUUCUU